CGCCUGCGCAGAAGCCCAAGGCAAGUACGGUGGCCGCCGGGGUCCUGUCGCUCUCAGCUGAAUCGCCCGCGGUUCGCCAUGAUCUCCGAAGAUGAUGAAUUAAACCUUCUAGUUAUCGUAGUUGAUACAAACCCAAUUUGGUGGGGAAAACAAGCUUUGAAAGAAUCUCAGUUCACAUUAUCAAAAUGCCUAGAUGCUGUCAUGGUGAUGGGAAAUUCUCACUUAUUUAUGAAUCGGUCCAACAAACUUGCUGUGAUAGCAAGUCAUAUUCAAGAGAGUCGAUUCUUGUAUCCUGGAAAGAACUGGAAAUUUGGAGACUUAUUUGGUGAUCCUGGCAACAGCUCUGCUGAGUAUAAUCCUUCAGGUAGUAAGGAUGGAAAAUAUGAGUUAUUAACUGCAGCGAACGAAGCGAUUACCGAAGAGAUUAAAGAUCUCAUGACCAACAGUGACAUGGAAGGGCAGCGUACAGAAACACUGUUGGCAGGAUCUCUCGCAAAAGCACUUUGUUAUAUUCACAGAAUGAGCAAGGAAGUCAAAGAUAACCAAGAAAUGAAGUCGAGAAUAUUGGUCAUUAAGGCUGCAGAAGACAGUGCAUUGCAAUAUAUGAACUUCAUGAAUGUCAUCUUUGCAGCACAGAAACAGAAUAUUGUGAUUGACGCUUGUGUCUUAGAUACUGAUUCAGGGCUCCUCCAACAGGCCUGUGACAUUACAGGGGGUAUAUACUUGAAGGUGCCCCAGAUGCCGUCUCUUCUUCAGUAUUUAUUGUGGGUAUUUCUUCCUGAUCAAGACCAAAGGUCUCAGUUAAACCUCCCACCUCCCAUUCAUGUUGACUACAGAGCUGCCUGUUUCUGCCAUAGAAAUCUCAUUGAAAUUGGUUAUGUCUGCUCUGUAUGCUUGUCAAUAUUCUGCAAUUUCAGCCCUAUUUGUACCACAUGCGAGACAGCUUUCAAGAUUUCACUGCCUCCUGUUCUGAAAGCCAAGAAGAAGAAAUUAAAAGCAUCUUCCUAGGGACCAAAAAAACCCCUAAACACUUAACCCUUUUUUCUCCAGCCUUUUUCCUACAGUAGAGAUUUUAACUGAGAAAUCUGUGCUGAAUAUGUCGUUAAAAGAAAUGGUAACUUUAUACACAGAGCUAUAUUUUAUGUGGCUAGUCCCUUAAGAGCACUUUUUUCAAGAACAAAUUCCUCCUGUGUGGGAGGAGAGACUGGUUGGGGAGGAAGUGUUUCUGGGUAAUAUGAGGGGGGAACACUUAGCUCACCUCUGAAUUUUUAAAACACUGUAAUUUUCAAUUGAGUUCAGUAAGUAUUAAGCUGUUUGCACCGUACCUGGGUGCUAUGGGUAAUCGUUUAUUAAAGUAGCUGCUGUGUUGAUUACUGGUGUUAUCACAUGAAUGUUUUAUCUAAGUCUGGUUCUCUUUUGUGAAAUGCAGCUUAUGUGAAAUUUUCACAUAAUUAUGACAAUUUAAACACACUUUUACUCAUCCCCGUCUCUUGUGGUUUUAAUCAAGACAUCACUUCUUCCUUAAGUAGCCAGCUAUUAGCUCUUGCAGUAGAAAUGUAAACAAAAUUCUCCAUUCAUUAAUUUAGUGUUCAUUCUCUCUCUCAGACAUUAACCUUGAAAAAGUCUUUACUAAGUAUAGCUAUUUUAACCCAAAUAAUUAUCACUGAGUGAUUACAGAGCCUUUAUUUUUUUUUAACAAAUUAGGAAAGUGAACAUUGUGUGUAUCAGAUGCAUAAAUGCUCUCUUCAGAUGCGGUUGCCUGAGAAGGGCGUUGGCAGAAGCCAGCGUGGAGGCAUUAAAGGAGGUUUCCAAGGUCAUGGGAACGCUGUCCCAGUCCUAGGAGUUUUCCCUUGCCGUGACUCUUUCCUCAUUUUAAUGAUUUACUAGAAAAUCUCCAAAAACCUUCAUGGUUCUAUUGUAAUCUUUCUUAAAUUCCAAAGGAAAGUGAUUUUUAAAUUCUGUUGUAGAGAAAUGGACUUUUCCAAAAAUACCUGAAGUUAUUCAAAGUCCUUUUGUCUUCCAACUUAGCGAAAAUGGAUUAGGAAAAAGGAAAAUUAUGGAACCAAUAAGGAAGUUUUCUUAGCAUAAGACUUUUCUUGUUUCCCAGAGAAAUCAGACUAUUAAUUAAGUUCUGUUUGCUGAGGGAAUUCAAACCGACUUUUCUGGUUUUGUUAAAGACCGUAGUAAAAAUGUUUGUGCUAA